AUGGGGUCGCUCUUCAGUCGCGCCGCGCCGGUCAAGAUCGAGAUCGAGUACUGCCACACGUGAUCCUUCAAGCCCAAGGCCGCCUGGUUCGGCGAGACGGUCCUCGCGCGCGUCGCGACCCUCAAAUCCGAAGGGUUCGCCGUGGAGGCCACCGCCGAGCAGAUCGAGCAGAAGGGCAAGAUGUUCGUGCGCGUCGACGGCGCGCAGGUCUACAGCAAGGGCGGCUUCCGCGCGGAAAAUCCGCAGCCGGGGCCCGAAGAGGUCGACGAACUCGUCACGAGCCUCACGGCCAAGGCCGGCAAGGCGCUGCCGCUCUCCGACGACGAGAAGGCCGCGUUCCUCGAGCUCCACGAGGCGCAGAUCAAGGCCGGCAAGAGCAAGCAC